AGUCACCAUGCCAGUCUUUAAGUGCCCGAGGAAGUCGGAGCCCCUGUGGAAGGGGUGGGACCAGAAGGCCCAGAAGAAUGGAUGGCGGCACCAGGUGUGCGCAGUGAACGGCGACCACUAUGUGGGCGAGUGGAAGGACAACAUGAAACAUGGGAAAGGAAUACAGGUCUGGAAAAAGAACGGAGUCAUCUAUGAAGGGGACUGGAAGUUUGGGAAGAGAGAAGGCUAUGGCGCUCUCAGCCUUCCUGACCUGCAGACGGGAAAGUACCAGAGAGUCUACUCCGGCUGGUGGAAAGGCGGUAUGAAAUCGGGCUACGGGAUUCAGUUUUUCGGACCCAAGGAAUAUUACGAGGGCGAGUGGUGUGGCAACCAGCGCAGCGAGAACGGGAACCGCUAUGAGGGCUUCUGGGAGAAAGGCAUGAAGAACGGCUCAGGGCGCUUCUUCCAUCUGGACCACGGUCAGCUGUUUGAAGGCUUCUGGGUGGACGAUGUGGCCAAGUGUGGCACAAUGAUCGACUUUGGCCGUGAUGAGGCUCCUGCGCCCACCCAGUUCCCCAUUCCUAAGGUCAAAAUCAUAGACCCUGAUGGUGUGCUGAAGGAAGCCUUGGCCAUGUUCAAGAAGACAGAAGAAGAAAGAGAUUGAUGCCGGCUGAGGAGGUGGGCACGCCUGCCACCGUCCACUAUGCCCAGAACAAUGCAUAGAUCUCCUGGGGGUCUCCGAAGGAGUGGGGGUGUGGGGAGGUCGGAGCUAGACCAGAGAGGGCAGGUUUCUGGCCUGCAUUGCAGCUAUUAUUUUUGGUCCUUCCCCUUGAAAAUCCAUUUCACGG